AUGAACAACACUGACUUGCGCAUUGACUCGCCCUCGAGUCUCCAGUCUUCUCUCUGCGGCGCGCGGGAAUACAUUGUCGUCCACGUCUGACAAAAUGCCGAAGUACGUGGUGAGCAGUUCGCAGGAUGAAACUGAGCAGGCUUUGAAUCCAGACGGCGCAAAUGCAAAAGUGAGCUUCAACAACAGAGAAUCAUCGCCGACUCGGAAGAAAUCGAUAAUAAAUCGAGUUGUGAUUACGGCGCUGAUCGUAUUGUGCAGCGUGGCAGUGCUGCUGCUCUGCGGCUGGUUCGUGUACUCCGUCUUCAUCAAAACGACACCCGAGUGGCAGAGAGACGACUUCAUGAUUGAAACUAUUCCAGGUCUCAGGUUUGGUCCCAAGGACCCAGACGGCAAUGCAGACGGCAGCUUGAUCUCGUUCAGCCCGGGAAAUCCAGAGAGCUACAGGAAAUGGACAAAUGUCAUGGAAGAUUUCGUAGCAGGGUACAUGAACACAAGCAAAUCCGCACGGAACGCAGUCAAAUGUGACUAUGAUGUUCCUCCGAAGCCUGGGAACGUAUGUGUUCUGGACUAUACUGCACUGUUUCCUUGUACCAAAGAAAAUUACUUCGGUUUUUACAAGGCGUCGCCCUGUAUCUUCAUCAGAUUUAAUAAGAUCGCAAAUUGGACUCCGGAGUAUUACGACAAUGCGUCCCAGUUGCCUCCUGAAAUGCCUGCUCAUCUGCAGCACAGAAUAUCCGAGUACUACAACAUCUAUCGGAAUCUGAUGAAAACAGUUUGGCUGAGCUGCGAUGGAGAGACAGCGGCAGAUGUGGAGAACGUGGGACCAAUCCAGUACUUGCCCCGACCAGGCUUUCCUGGUUAUUUCUUCCCGUACAACAACACAGAAAAUUACAUGAGCCCCGUAGUCGCCGUUCAUCUCGAAAAACCUCGUCAAAGUGGUGUCCUUAUCAACAUCGAGUGCAGACUGUGGGCUCCGAACAUCGUCUACAACCGAGAGAAAGGCCAGGGGCUUGUGCGCUUUCAGUUGAUGCUCAACUGAGACCCGUAACUUGGAGUUCUGUCUGCAGUAAGUGUGCAGGUGGCGGUGGCGGAUCUUCUGUCAGAAUAAAUGCAAGGAGGAAAGCCAAAAGCACCGCCGAUCACCCGGAACUAGUGAAGUGUUCGGGUGCAUGUUCCAUCUUUGUUCUUCAGGGUGACACAGCAAAUCGUCAAUGUGAGAAUCAGAUACUCAGAUCUGUUUUAAUGGCGAGUUUGGUACGAGAAUGGUCUUAUUGCCAUUUUAAUUAACAAUUAAGAUAACAGCAGGUAAUUCAUGCAAUUUAGUGUUGAAACUUAUCAGAGAUUUUUAUAAAUGAGUAGAUUGACAUUCUUCUUCUUUCAAGCGAUGGACAUAUGUUCUUAAACCAUAUAGAAAAACAAACUUUUUAUAUCUUAAGCCAUGUCCUCAUUUACAUGAAAGUAUUCAUUUUUACUGCCUUUCUCCUGAAAAAUGGAUUGACAAGCCAGAAUGUAACUUGGUUCUUCCUUCCGUAACACGCACAACUUUUUAUAGCCAGUUAUUUAUUGCUUACAGCGUAUAAGUGUACAUAUGUAUAAGUUACGAGAUACGAUUUAUGUAUGUGAUAUCGAAACUGGACUCCUAACACCAGUUUUACAAACGCAACAGAAAUAUCACGGACGCAGGCCUACUUACGUUGGGGGUGAACGUGGGGACAAAGUUCCGCAACCUUACAGAGCCUUAGAUUACAGUAAUUAAAAAAAUGCUGCAUGUGUAUAAUAGUCAUUAACCUGCAUCGCACUCAUUUUAAAAGGCUUCAGUACCGCUUGCUGGCUUGAUUCAAUUCUGGGCACGUAAAUAAAGACACAUCCUUACAAAAAAACAUUUUGACAAUCAGCAAUUUGUAUUUUGCCCACGGACUGUAUUCAUGUGUUUCAUACGACUCGUCAUCAGCUGAUCUUUGUGACUAAGAAGUGCUGUUUUCUUUGAGGUAAAAACUUAAUUUUUAAAUAUUAUUAAGAUGAGCUUUGUCUUUUAAAGGGUUAAAGUACUGACUAUGAAAUCUGUGAAAUAAGAAUUAUACUCUUGCAAACAAAACAGAA